AUGCCCCUUGGUACGUCUUUGAUCAGAAAUUUGCGAGGAGCCGUCCUCCAUGUAGUAUCACUCCAGGAAGCUUGGGAAGCGGAACGUACCCUCAAGUUGAUGUCUGUGAAGUGGAAAACAAAAGGCCCGGAUCUAGACCAAGAUCAAGACGAAGACGAAGAUCAAGCCCUGGCCCAAGCACUAGAACAAGGCCAAGGCCAAGAUCUAGCCCCGGAUCUAAAGGAAGCUUCAGACUGA